GUGCCGCUGGGCUCGGGGCUUCCUCUGCACCGGAACCCCGCCAUCCCGCUGCUUCGGAGCCCCGGUAGCACCAGGUCCGCUGUGGCUGCGGCGGGAUGUGCGGUGCCGGAAGGAUCUGGCGUUAGAGAACAGUCAGUCACGCCGCGAGAAACGCCUCUGGGUUAGCGCUGCUCUCAGGGAGGCUCGCCUGCUGCCUUCUGGGUCUUUCCUUUCCGUGUAAGAGCGCGUCCCAGCCUCAGCAGCUCUUGACGGGCUGUUGUGUCAAGGUAACAGUUGCCGCGUUGUUGGCAUAUAUAUAGUAAUGGUGUUUAUUUGUAUCUACCCCGCUUACUUAAAUAAUAAGAAGACCAUAGCGGAGGGGAGGCGGAUUCCCAUAAGUAAGGCUGUAGAAAACCCUACUGCUACUGAGAUUCAGGAUGUGUGCUCAGCAGUUGGACUGAAUGCAUUUCUGGAGAAAAACAAAAUGUACUCCAGAGAAUGGAACCGUGAUGUGCAGUACAGAGGCAGAGUCCGGGUACAGCUCAAACAGGAAGACGGCAGCCUCUGUCUUGUGCAGUUCCCAUCACGGAAGUCAGUGAUGCUGUAUGUAGCAGAAAUGAUCCCCAAGCUAAAAACAAGGACACAAAAAUCCGGCGGUGCUGACCCCAGUCUUCAGCAAGGAGAGGGGAGUAAAAAGGGGAAGGGGAAGAAGAAGAAAUGAUGUGGUGUGAACGCAGCGCACACAGUCCUCCUGCGAGACCUGGGCAUCUGUGUGUCUGUCACUUAACUGACUGAACAGUGCGUCUCCCAUCUUCAGCAGCAGGUAACAGUGAGAUAAGUUCACAUCCAAAGUCUGCAUCCAGCUUUUCGGCUGUGAAAAGAAAGGUGUGUGUGUGUGUGUGUGCGGAAGAAAGAAGACAUUUUUAACAGAUAAUGACUGUCUCGUAAGUUACUUGAAAUCCUGUAUCUGUUUGUCCUCCAUGGAAACAUAUAUUUCAGGUCAUAAGUUUAAUAAAAUUUGAAAUACACA